AUGUUGGAUCAGCCGCAAGAUAUGGCUGGUGCUCAAGACACCAUCUAUCUCUGCAACUUCCGUGUUUCCGUUGACGGAGAAUGGCUUUGUCUUAAGCAACUAGAAGACGUCGAGUUUGUAGAUAAUAAUUAUCAGCAGCCCAUUUCUCCUCCUUCUCCAAUCGAGCCUUUGGCUGUUCUCGCCGCCAAGGAUCCAGUUUUGAUCGAAAGGAGCAAUUUAGUCAAUAUAUCGAAAUUAGUUGUUAAGGAACUUAUAGAAACAUCACAAAAAUAUGGUCGAAUGCUCGAUUCGGAUCACAUGCCUUUGCAACAUUUUUUCAUCGUUCUCGAACACGUGUUGAGACACGGUCUCAAACCUAAAAAGGGUUUGCUGGGUCCGAAAAAAGAAUUAUGGGACAUUCUUCAAUUGGUCGAAAAAUUCACUCCCGAAGCACACGACAUAACGACGAGCGUGAGGGAUUUGCCCACCGUGAGCACUCACAUGGGUCGAGCUAGAGCUUGGCUCCGUUUGGCUUUGAUGCAAAAAAAAUUAGCGGAUUAUUUGAAAGUUUUGAUUGAUAGGAAAGAUGCCGUUUUGGCGGAUUAUUUCGAACCGGAUGCUCUCAUGAUGAGCGACGAAGCGUUCAUAAUAAUCGGCCUCCUCGUAGGACUCAACGUCAUCGAUUGCAACCUGUGCGUUAAGGAAGAAGAUCUCGAUUGUCAGCAGGGAGUCAUUGAUUUUUCACUGUACCUUAGAUCGAGUCAUCAUUAUUAUCAAACUUCGGAUUCGAUAUUAGAUCCUGAUAACAUGACGACGGUUUUAGAUCAAAAAAAUUACAUAGAAGAAUUAAACAGGCAUUUGAACGCGACGGUUGCGAAUUUGGAAGCCAAAGUCGAAAGUUUACAAACGACAAACGCGCUCAUGAAAGAAGAUUUGGAUAUAUCGAGAAACAAUAUCGUUUUAUUAACGGAAGAAAACAAUCAGUUGAAAAAGCAAAUAUGCAUAACGGAAAAAUAUAUGGGAGGAAAUACGUCAUCAUCGUCGUCGGAGAAGACGGAAAAUCGUGCGGGAGAAACGUCAGAAGAUUCGAAUAAUAAAAAAACAGCGGAAGUUAAAAAAAUUAUAGAAACGGUCACGGAAACGGAACAAUUAAAAAAACAAUUGGAAGUUGAAAAGAAAAAAAGAGCGGAAGCGGAAAAAGAAUUAAAAUUACAAGUCGGAAUGAAAACGGAAAUGGAAUUUGCAAUGAAACUCUUGGAAAAGGAUAUAAAGGAAAAAGAAAAUACGAUAUCAUCAUUGACAAGUCAAUUAGAUGAAAUUAAAUUAAUCAAUUUGGAACUUUUUAAAAAGUUACAGGAAUGCGAAGAAGAUUUGACGCAAAAGGGAGAAUUAGUGAGUCGACUACAAAAGAAAACAACUCAAAUCGGAAAAAUACUCAACAACAUGGAAAAAUACAAUCAUUUGUUGAGAGACGUGCCGCCAUCUCGAUCUUCUAUGAGUUUCGAUUCUUCGGGUCUUCCGCCGCCGACGCUGCCGCCGUCGGCGUCGUCGGCGUCAGCAUCGAGGCCUACGUCUUGGGGUUCGUCGAACUCUCAAACAAACGAUAACAUAUUCGAUAAGAAAAGUCCAAAUUAUUAUAAGAAAGUUUACCCGCUCACGAACGUGGAUUUGAGCAAAUUGAAAAAAUCACCCAAAAUAUCCGAAGACGUUGGAGAUUCCGUCGGGGGUCCAACGCCGUCCAAACUCGAAAAAGUUUCCGACGAUUCGGGGGGCGGAGGCGGUGGCGGCGGUGGUAGUGGUGGGGGGAAAAAUGUAUUUUUACAGGAUUGCGAGAGUUCUUUAAAGCAGAAGACGGAACUUAUAACGAAAUUAGAAGCCAAAAGCGUUUUAAUAACGGAAACUUACCAAAAAUUAGAAGAAAAACUCGAAAAAGAUCGUCUUAUGGCGGAAGAAUUAAAAGAAAAAUUAAAUCAACAAUUGGCGGAAAAGAAAAAUUUGGUCACGAACACGGAAGAAGAUUUAAAAGUAGAAAGAGAAUGGCGGACUUCGUUGCAAGAUUCAAUUGUUAAAGAUAGAAUAUUGAUUGAAGAAUUAAAACAAGAAUUAUCCGGUUUUAAAUCUUUGACGGGGGGGAGUCGUAGGGGUAAGGGGAAACGCUUAGGGGGAAAAAGGAAAAGAAGAGGAAAAUUAAAAAUCGAUUUAUUUAUAAUAAUAAGAAUGAGAUUUAAAUUUGCGCCUGUCAAAUACGAAACGUUGAAAGACGACCAUGAAAAAUUAUUAAAAAAUCACGAAACGAUAAAAUCGGAUUACGAGAGAUUAAAAGAAGAUUACGGACAACAGGAGCUCACACUGGAAGAAUUGGGAGUACAAUUAAGUGUAUCAAGAUUAAAAGUCGCGGAUUUGGAAGAAGAAGUUAAAAUUAAAAUGGAAAGUCAAUGGGCAUCAGACAAAGAAGUUCAAUCUUGUCGAAAUUGUACAAAAGAAUUUAAUUUAACGAGGAGAAAGCACCACUGCAGAAAUUGCGGAGAAAUAUUUUGUCAUACCUGUUCUGAUAAUUUCACCAUGUUGCCUUCGUCAGGAAAACCUGUUAGAGUUUGUAACGAAUGUCACGUGUACCUGGUCUCGAGAAAUUCCGUACCGUCGUCAUGA